CCUGGGAAGUUGAGUGACUUGAGCAAUGUCACACAGCUUUAAAAAAAAAAAAAAAAAAAGGUAGACCAGAAGCCAGGUUUCGUGGUUCUCUUCCCAUUAUUGUUGUUGCUGUUUUAAUUCUCUCUUAAUUAAGAAUGGUGAUAUAUUCCCGUUUACAAUCCCACAGAUUUGUUUUCGUUAAAAAUGAGGGGGGGAAAUAGCACAAGAGCAUUUCCAUCUCCUUUUCCCACCCCCACCCUAAACCUGACAGGUGUGGUUAGGCCUGGGCCUCUGCAUUCCCACAGAACCCAGACCAUCUCCUGCAUCCCUGGCCUGAGGCAACUUGAGCCGGUGGGAGGGGAGGAAUGGAGAAGUCAGGCUUGCUUCCUAGAGGCUGGGUGUGGGCCCAGGGUGGCGCAGUGACAGUGCUCUGAGGUUGAAGGACAAGAUCUGGGGUGCUUCAGAACCAGACUGGGCUUGAGUUGUCGCUUCCAACCCCUCACCCUCCUUCCAAUCCAAGGAGGGCCUAAGAGGGGCCAGAGGGCCUGUGCCAAUGGCAAUGAGGCAUCCGGGCUUCCUGUCCAGUGCUUAGACUCUGAAGCUAGGUGUAUACCCCUCAGUCUCAUGAUGGGCUCUGGGCAAACUGAUGGGGGUCUUCUCAUUUCCUUAGCCUUCUCAUGUCUGCACAUUGUAAAGGAGAAAUGAUGAUGAAAACAGAAAUGUGGGUUAUAAGACUCUACUUAAGUGCCUGUCAGGCAAAUUCUGCCACUGGGAGCUGAUCGGCAUCAUGGGCCCCUCAGGGGCUGGCAAGUCCACGUUCAUGAACAUCUUGGCAGGGUACAGGGAGUCUGGCAUGAAGGGGCAGAUCCUGGUCAAUGGGAGGCCGAGGGAGCUGAGAACCUUCCGAAAGAUGUCCUGUUACAUUAUGCAGGACGACAUGCUGCUGCCGCAUCUCACGGUGUUGGAAGCCAUGAUGGUUUCUGCGAACCUGAAGCUGAGCGAGAAGCAGGAAGUGAAGAAGGAACUGGUGACAGAGAUCCUGACGGCACUGGGCCUGAUGUCCUGCUCCCACACGAGGACAGCCCUGCUCUCCGGCGGCCAGAGGAAGCGCCUGGCCAUCGCCCUGGAGCUGGUCAACAACCCACCGGUCAUGUUCUUUGAUGAGCCCACCAGUGGGCUGGACAGCGCCUCCUGCUUCCAAGUGGUGUCCCUCAUGAAGUCCCUAGCCCAGGGGGGCCGGACCAUCAUCUGCACCAUCCACCAGCCCAGUGCCAAGCUCUUUGAGAUGUUCGACAAGCUCUACAUCCUGAGCCAGGGUCAGUGCAUCUUCAAGGGCCGCGUCACCAACCUGGUGCCCUACCUGAAGGGGCAGGGCUUGCACUGCCCCACCUACCACAACCCGGCUGACUUUAUCAUUGAGGUGGCCUCUGGCGAGUAUGGAGACCUGAACCCCAUGCUGUUCAGGGCUGUGCAGAAUGGGCUCUGUGCCAUGGCCGAGAAGAAGAGCGGCCCCGAGAAGAAGGAUGUCCCCACGACCUGCCCUCCUACCUGCUCUCAGGAAGUGGAUCCCAUUGAAAGCCACACUUUUGCUACCAGCACCCUCACACAGUUCUGCAUCCUGUUCAGAAGGACCUUCUUGUCCAUCCUCAGGGACACGGUCCUGACCCACCUGCGGUUCAUAUCCCACGUGGUGAUCGGGGUGCUCAUCGGCCUCCUCUACCUGCACAUCGGCGAUGACGCCAGCAAAGUCUUCAACAACACCGGCUGCCUCUUCUUCUCCAUGCUCUUCCUGAUGUUCGCCGCCCUCAUGCCCACCGUGCUCACCUUUCCCCUAGAGAUGGCAGUCUUCUUGAGAGAGCACCUCAACUAUUGGUACAGCCUCAAAGCCUACUACCUGGCCAAGACCAUGGCCGAUGUGCCCUUUCAGGUGCUGUGCCCCCUGGUGUACUGCAGCAUCGUGUACUGGAUGACAGGCCAGCCAGCCGAGACCAGCCGCUUCCUGCUCUUCUCAGCCCUGGCCACCGCCACGGCCUUGGUGGCUCAGUCUCUGGGGCUGCUGAUUGGCGUGGCCUCUAAUUCCCUGCAGGUGGCCACCUUUGUGGGCCCAGUUACAGCCAUCCCGGUUCUCUUGUUCUCUGGCUUCUUUGUCACCUUCAAGACCAUUCCCACGUACCUACAAUGGAGCUCCUACCUCUCCUAUGUCAGGUACGGCUUUGAGGGGGUGAUCCUGACUGUCUAUGGCAUGGAGCGGGGGAACCUGACAUGCUCAGAGGAACGCUGCCCACUCCGGGAACCGCAGAACAUCCUCCGAGCGCUCGAUGUGGAAGAUGCCAAGCUCUACAUGGACUUCGUGGUCUUGGGCAUCUUCUUCCUGGCCCUGCGGCUGCUGGCAUACCUGGUGCUCCGCUACCGGGUCAAGUCCGAAAGAUAGAGCCUCGUGCCUGGCCUGUACCCCAGCCCCAGCCUUUGGGGCUGUUUUAACCUUGUAGACUUGGGCAAGGCUGCUGGUGCAGCCGCCCACCCUCCCUGGCCUCUCCUCCAACUGGCUAACAGACUACACCCCCAGCCCUGGCCCGGAGUCAGGCCCUCAGCCUCUCUUACCACGCCUGGGGGUUCCCCCAAGUCUUUGCUCUGGAUUUAUAGCUUCCUCUCCCUUCUCUCUGACACCUGCAUGCAAAAGGAGGCUGCCUCCCUGUUUCCUGCCCUUGGCAACCUCCUCUUUGUCUGCCUGGCAGCUCCAGGCCCCACUUACAAUUGACCAAAGUGGUCCCUUCUGGGGCCUGCACCCCACCAGUGUUUGUGAACAGGCUGCUGAGGCCGGGGGGCCAGGGCUGGGCCCUGGUGAAGUCUCGGGGAGUCCCAUUAGGACACGGGAAUCAAUCAAGCAGGGAAGGACUCUGGCAGUCUCUUCCUCCCACCUCCUUGUCCCCAGGCCCAGACCCUGGGACAGAAGCUGGAUUUUCUGUCUUAGUACCCCCUCUCAGCCUUGGGGAUCGGGCAGGUCUGGGGCCCAGGGCUGCCCCGGCCCCCCGCUCACCAUCACCUUUGGUGGGUGGGAGGGCCUGCUGGCCCCGCUGCAAUAAUGUCUGUCUGUCUUUCCCACCCGUCACUGGAACUGGCGAAUGCACUUUAUUCUGAGGGGAGGCUGAGUGGGGAGAACCCCCUCCCUCCUCGCUGAUCUGGAAGCAAUGUCUUGCAACGCCCCUUCCUUCUGCAGGGUGACAGGCACAAACCUGCUAACAGGCAGUCUCAACCCCAUACCAUCACCACGGGGAUGGUGGUGGGAGAGUGGGGUUCCCGUGGGGAAGACAGUGCCAGCCUCUUCCUGGGAGGGGGGCUCACUUGGGAGGCUGGAGGCGAAGAUGGUGCUGCCCAGGAUGUCUCCAGUAUCUGCAGGUGCCUGCUUUCUGCUCUUCCCCCACCCCCACCCCCUCAAGCCAGGGGUGGCCCAGGGCACUAGCUCCCGGAGCUCAGGGCCCAAUACAAGCACAGGCACAGGUAAAAUUGGCCGAGGCCACCGCCACCCCUAGGCCCUCCUCUUGCGUGCCAGGUUGGCAUCCUCACUCCCUCUUUUCCCCAGCCUCUUUGCUGCUCCUUACAACUCCCUCCCCCCUCUCCACCCUCCGCAGCCAAGGUAAGGGGGCCCAGAGCAGGGGAGCAGCACGCUUUCUCCACCAAGGUGGCAGACACACCGGUGCAUGUCUGUCUGUCCUGGUGGAGUCCAGGCUCAUUCAACUGCUGAUUUUCCCUCCUCCCAGGGCUAUUCCUAUACAUGGACCCACCCCAGACUCUUUCCUCCAACAGAUGCCUGUUGUAUUUGUGGGAUUUUGCCCAUUGUUAAUAAAACCUUUAUUUAUACAGUA